AUGCUGGAGCUCCUGCAAGCGUACACAGGAUGUCCUGUGACAGGCCUCCAGCACUUGGUCCUGCCCUCCCAGACCCUCCUGCUUUAUCCUCUAGGAGAUUCGUUGGUGCUGCUGGACGCACGUACACUUCACCUUGUCCGCGCACUGGCGUUCUGGGAAGCGUUUCCUAGGACAUUGCAUACCAAGGAGAGCAUAAGAUGUGUCUCGGUGGAUGGCAGCAUGAAACUGGUCAUUGCGGCCAUGGGCUCGCGAAUAGCUGCCUGGUCCAUGUCAGGCGUCCAGAGUGGUGUCUGGCGCGUUCACUCUACCCUGAUACUACCAGAAGACCAAGAGGUAACGGCAUUGGACUGUAAAUCUGGUAUACCGCAUUCUACUUGUCUCAGAGAGUUUCUCUCAUUUGACUCAGGGCUUCUUGCCAUUGGUAGUACAUCAAACCUGUCCGUCUAUACUCUAGUUCUAGAAAAUGAUCUACCAACCUGGUCUCACAAAUGGAGGGUCACCUUUUCAACGCCCGCGCGUGUGCGGUUCUCGCCAUCUCUGAUGUACUUUGCCACGACGUCCUUGUAUGACAACACUGUUCGUGUGUACCUAACAACAUCAGGCCGUCAGACCCAAGGAAUCCCCCAUCCCCGAGCGGUCACCAAUGUUCAGUGGCGAGAUGCGCCUCAAGCAUCUAGCAGCGCAAGGGAUGACUUAAUUCUGUACACCGUCACCGUCGACUCCGUCUUGAGGAUCUUCCUGCCCGUCAUUGACGCACCCCAGCAUUUACAGUUGCAUGCCACGAUCGAUUUGUUCUCUUCGUUACCCUUCUCACUGGCUUCCCAAUCGGACCCGAACCUGACAGCGUCCAGCAUAUUCUGGCUUGAUCGAACAGUAGUCGGUGAUGCGCUGAACGAUAUUCUGAAGAACACUGGUAAAGAUGAAGAAGGCCGAUUCAGGCGGCUGAAGGACAUCAAGGAUGAGGGAUGGGAUCUCUUCCUUCGAGUGCUUGGUGACGGUUCUCUGGUCGUAUCAGGCGUUGCAAAUGUAGAUAGACGCCCUCCAACUCUCCUUAAACAGUUCACUCUUAUCCAAUCCUCUCCCGGGUGCUUACCACGUGCACCGCAACAUAUCUACCUCGUACGAGAUCCUGGACGAACCUCGCUUACCCUGGUGACUGCCCCUCCACUUGCGACUUAUCAGCUAUCGUUACCAGAGUUUUUCGAGGCAAAGGCCGAAGGGCUUACGAAUGUCCAACAAGGUCCUGAGAGCUUCGAAGGCGAAUCAGCAAGAGUUAUCCGGUUUAUUAGAACGCCGGAAGGCAGAGGUCUGGCCGUGCUCCGAGACGGUAACGUCGGACAAACAUUCCGACUCAAAGGACGAGGUUCUGCGAUAUUAAAGCAGGCCGCCUGGCACGCCGCAGAUCAUGCUGUAGUGCUAGCCUACGGGAAAAUGUACGCCACCUAUACCUGUGCGGAGCAAAUGUUGACCCUGCAUUCUCAACCGCCUGUUCACCUCUCACUGCCGCCAGUCACAUCGAUGUUCGUGAUACCGUCUAGUGCCCACCAGUCCUCCAUAGUCGCCAUCGCGUCGGAUCACUCCGUCUUCCAUAUCCAUAUCUCAUACUCCCCCCAACCGUCGCUAGUCAUGCAUUCUCAUACAUCUUUGCCCCUUGCGUCUCCUCCGAUGAUAAUUCUGCCUGUCGAUCCCAUGGCGUGGAGUCUUCCGUACAUGGCUACCGGACAAUCCAUCCAUGAUGUGCUCCUCAGCAUAUCUGAAACUGGUGAACUAGCGUUCUGGUCCUUUGACGAACGUGAAGAGUCGGAUACGGGGUGGAGAUGUACCGGGACGGUUAGAACAGGGAGGAAGAACAUUAGAAUGGCUCGCUGUAGCUCGGCGAAAAAAUCAGCUUUAGGACCAGACGGAGAAGAGUUGACCAUCUGGGAUUCCAAGGAAUCCGAGUUUGCUUCAGGUUUAGAAUAUCGACAGGUGCUGCGGAUUGCCGAGCCGGUCAACGAUUUGGAUUGGUCGUCCACACCAGAUAGCCAAUCUAUUCUUGCGGUCGGGUUCAGCCAUAGAGUAGAAUUGCUCUGCCAGCAAAGAAUGUCAUACUUCGAUGAUAACCCGAGGUGGGAUUUAUGCUGGAGAAUAGACCUAUCAGAAAUGAUACCUCAUGGAAUCAGCGAUUCGAUUUGGUUAGCGAACGGAUCGCUGCUGGUGGGCGCAGGCCAUCAUAUGUUAUUAUAUGGGCAACCGCAACUUGAUCGAAGAGAAGACGUAUCAGAGAGUCUCUUCGAAUAUGUAGCUCGGCUCAACGGUCCUUUAGUUGAGUAUCAUCCCCAGAUGCUCCUCCAAUGUCUGCUGUGGGGAAAGCUAGAGCUUGUGAAAGAGAUCAUCGUUAAUCUGGCUAAGCACCUCAGGGAGGAACGCGACGGAGCCCCGGACUACCGCGACUACAGGAGCCUUCCGCUCGAGUUGUUUCUGCAUGACGAUCGUUGGGAAGACAAAGUGCGGCACUCAAAGAGCUCCGCAUAUUCGUCGCUGUUUGAUAUAUCCAGCUCCACGAAAGAGCCUCAAGAGUCGGACUUUGAUCGGCAGCUAGUGAAGCAGCUUAUAGAAGACCUAGAGACUUAUCCACCCCCACAUUUUACCCCCAAUGAACAGGCACAUCUCUCGGUGAUGAUAGAAACUACUCUCGAGGUAGAAGAGCAACGGCGCGCGUUAGAUGCCAAUGGUCUUCGCUAUCUUGCCAUGAUGCGUUCUUUCCAGAUCCUGAACCGACGUGCGUCGGAGCCAAGCAGUCCUCAGUCCAACGGAGUGAUACCAAGGCAAACUGGUCGGCGGGAACGUCUCCGCUAUCGGGACAUGAUCUGGGCAUUCCAUAGCGAGAGUCAGGAACUCAUGUUAUCCGCCUCACUGUCUUCAUGUGGUGGCAAAAUGACGUGGAAUGAGGCUCGGUCUCUCGGGGUCUUCAUUUGGCUUACGUCCGCGGACACGAUGAGAUCUCAUAUGGAAGUGAUCGCCAGGAACCAGUAUCUAGCAGGAGACAACCGAGAUCCCACGGCUUGCUCCUUAUUUUAUUUUGCGUUGGGGAAGGUGAAGUUGGUUCAUGGCCUAUGGCGCACAGCUGCUUGGCAUCCCGAGCAGACUAUUAUGCUCAAGUUCCUGUCCAAUGACUUCACUCAGCCCAGAUGGCGCACGGCUGCUCUGAAGAAUGGCUAUGCAUUGCUAGCGAAGCAGCGCUAUGAGUAUGCCGCGGCGUUCUUCCUCCUAGGCGGCAGUUUGAAAGAUGCCGUGAAUAUCUGUAUCAGGCAGCUGCGCGAUUUCCAACUCGCCGUAGCUUUGGCUCGAGUGGUAGAGCAGGGAGACCGUGGCCCUGUCCUACGAGACGUACUUGAAAACACGGUUAUCCCUUUGGCCUUCAAGGAUGGUAACCGGUGGUUGGGUAGUUGGGCAUUCUGGUUACUGCAUAGACGGGACUUCGCUGUCAGAAUACUGGUGGCGCCUCUCAGGGAUACCGCUACAGCAUUCAAUAGUCAGAGCACUGAGGUCGGAGAGCCUCAUUACGACGAUCCGAGCCUGGCACUUCUGUUCUCGCAGCUAAAGCUAAAGACUUUACAAACUGCCAAGGGGACCAGCGAAAUCUCAGGCCAGAUGGAAUUCAACUUUGUCCUGCAAGUCGCGCGAGUAUUCUGCAGAUUAGGUUGUCACGUCCUGGCACUGAACCUACUGCAGACAUGGUCGUUCGCCCGACCUUCAACAGCAGUGCACGAAGAUAUGCCAGGUGAGAAGGUACUACCACCAAGUCCCACCGCGUCUCGCCGCUCCCUCUUCCCUCUGGAACCUGCAUUGCGAAGAACGUCAUCAAUCAUGAUCGACAUGGACAUCCCUUCUGCUGCACCGACUCGCUCAGCUUCUCCAGAGCGUAGGGGCGGCGCGACUCUACCCAUACCGGAGAAGGAAGAGAUGAAAGAAGAACCGGACUUCCUCGCUCGCAAAGCAGGCCUGGGAAACUUGAUGAAAUCAGCCAAGAAGGAUGUCAAAGUACCAGAGUUCGAUAUGAACGCCUUUUUUUGA